GCAUUUUAGCUUUUCCCGAAUCCCUUAACGGUGCUUGCUAAUUCCCUGCCAAAACUAUCAGUGGAUUCCUUCCUUCUAAUCUCCCAUAAUGCCUUAUUCGAUUAUUGUCAAUGCCCUCCAUCCCUGCUCUUCCGUCCCUUAAAACACUUUAGUUUUUCAACGAGCGAGUCAGAUGGAGCGCAAUCACAGUGUGCAAAUCGACCAGGACUUACGCAAAAGCUUGGCUGCGCACUAUAUGCGCUCUGAUCCCUCUGAUUUCUGUGUUUGAAUUAUGGAAUAUGCAAAUAACAACAGUUGACCGUGGCUUCUUGUGUUUUGAUUGUGCUCAAGGCAUGGCUUUGUUUUUUACUUGCCUUUUCCUGUCCUGUGUUGGGCAUGUAUGGGCACAACAACCGGAUACCAACAUCUAUUUGGAAAAUAUAACGCGAAUUUUGGAUAGAUUACUAGAGGGAUAUGACAACAGGCUGCGACCCGGAUUUGGAGGUCCUGUGACUGAAGUCAAAACAGACAUCUUUGUCACCAGCUUUGGUCCUGUGUCAGAUGUUGAAAUGGAGUACACAAUGGAUGUGUUUUUCCGACAAACAUGGAUAGAUGAAAGGCUCAAAUUCGACGGCCCUAUUGAGAUCCUGCGGCUCAACAACCUCAUGGUCAGUAAAAUCUGGACGCCGGACACAUUCUUCCGGAAUGGCAAGAGGUCCAUAUCCCACAACAUGACCACUCCCAACAAGCUGUUCCGCAUCAUGCAGAACGGAACUAUCCUCUACACCAUGAGGUUAACUAUCAAUGCAGAAUGCCCAAUGAGACUGAUAAACUUCCCAAUGGACGGACACUCUUGCCCACUGAAGUUUGGCAGUUACGCCUAUCCUAUCAGUGAAAUAGUAUACACGUGGAAGAAGGGCCCGCUGUUUUCAGUAGAAGUACCGCAAGAGUCUUCAAGUCUGCUGCAGUACGACCUCAUAGGACAGACAGUUUCCAGCGAGCGGUUAAAAUCCAACACAGGUGAAUAUGUGGUUAUGACAGUCCACUUCCACUUGCAACGGAAGAUGGGCUUUUUCCUGAUCCAGACCUACAUCCCGUGCAUAAUGACGGUCAUCCUCGCCCAGGUGUCCUUUUGGAUCAAUAAAGAGUCGGUACCUGCCCGCACUGUCUUUGGCAUCACCACGGUGCUCACCAUGACGACGCUGAGCAUCAGCGCCCGGCACUCCCUGCCCAAGGUGUCCUACGCCACAGCCAUGGACUGGUUCAUCGCUGUCUGCUUUGCCUUUGUCUUCUCGGCACUCAUUGAGUUUGCGGCGGUCAACUACUUCUCCACACUUCAGGCCAACCGAGAGAUGCGCAAGGCCGCAGCAUUGAGGGCAGCCGCUCAGGAGGCCAUGGGUGGCAGCACCACUGACGGUCAAGUGCUCUCGCCUCACCUGGACCCUGCCGGUGUCCUGAAGAAGCGCCUGAACUCGGCAGGCCGUUUGGAGCCUCCGGGGCCCAAGUUUGGGCCCCAGAUGGCCAACUACCGGCCGCAGGGCUCGGCCACACCCGCCAACAACGUGUUCGGCAGCACCAGCAUCAUCGACAAGUACUCGCGCAUCCUCUUCCCCCUCUCGUUUGGCGCCUUCAACCUUGUCUACUGGAUCGUAUAUCUCACCAAAGACACCAUGGAGUCUAGGGACACUAUGUGAGUGGUCACUGCUUCUGUGCCUCAUUCAAAUCUGGCCGACUUUGAGGGUGAAUAGGUGAACAAGAGAAGAAGAGAAGAGACGAGAGGAAAAAAGAAGAGGAGAAAGGAGAAGAGAAGAAAAGCUCACUGAGGCUCUGCAGCUGAACUGCCCGUGUUUUUAUAUAUUUUUUUAUUUUUAUUUUUUAAAUUUCCUGGUUCUUCCUCCCCGCUUGCCCCUGUAUUACGUAAGGAUGGAGUGGAGCGCUUGCUUGGUUGGACAAAUCUCCUGUUCCUGUCCGCUGUGUCCUUGUAGUUCCUGUUGACGUGUGACCCGGGGGUGGACGAGGAUGCCCGGAGUUUCUCAGACGUGGACCUCCAUGUUUAGUUCUCCUUUUUUAGACGAGGAGCUCUCUGUCUCCCUCUCCUUUUUCAGACAGGGACUUCCCUGUCUCUCUCUCUCCUAUUUUAAACAAAAAAACAUCCCUUUUGCAAGAACUUGCCUGUCUCCCCUACUCCUCAGACGACGGCCUGCCUGUCUCACUUUCUCUUUCAGAUGAAGACCUGCUGUCUGACCCUCCCUUUCCUCUCCUAUUCUCCGUUACCUACAAACAGACAAUGCUCUCUGGCACUCCGUCUGACGAGUGCCAUCCCUGUUCUUCUGAAUAUGCAUUUGAAACUUUUAGCACUUUCCAACAAGUAUGUUUCUAAAAGCCUUUUUGAGCUAAAGGAGCCCUUCUCCAUUGAUAUAUGCAAACCUAUGUUGCAGCUAGAGCCAUUGGAAGAACAUGUCUAUGGGAGAGACUGUGCACUAUGUCUGACAGUUUAUUUUUCUGAGCAGCUGUUGUUGAUGUAGUUUUUCCAUGUGUGGUGCAUUGGCUUUGUUUUAUUGUGUAGAAAUGAGAAUGCAGGCUGAUCGUUUUCUUUUUUGAUUCAGACUAGAACACACAGCUGUACUGUACUGUACGGUCUCCAGAAAAGCAAACAUCGUCACGGUGUUUCAUUCACACGGUACAGUUUAUGUGCUCCUACAUGCCACAGCAUACUUACUCCCACACAAUGUUUCAUUCACACGUACACUACAUAGUGUAUACUCCUACACGCCACAGCAUACUUACUCCUACUCCUACCCUUCUUCCCUAUGAGUCACGGUCAUUGGAGAAGGAGCACAUGUUACAUGUUCAAAAAUCCUCCAACGUAAGGAGAGGCAAAAGGCCUGGUAUUAUCUUGGCACAUGGGUCCGAGACGCCCACGGUAAACGGAGGCUUCUCUUUGCCUGUAUCUUCUCUCACCUUUGACACGCAUCGAGGCUUCGGAGAAAUCCAAACUCGUCAGCCAUUACCAUGCAGGCUGUCAGGGAGAUGAUUCAGCGAUGGUUUCCUGGCAACAGAACACCAAAUGGAUUUAUGUAUUUAUGCAGUUUGUUUUAAUGUUGAUCUAAUUUCGUAUUUUAUAUAAUUACGUCUGUUAUUAU